UCAGUCUAUCGCCAGUCAACUUCUGCCACUUUACUGUAUUGCUGUCAAUCUAGCAAGAUGGCGUCAAAUAUCCCUUCCUUCGAACACACGUCCAUGGACAGCAUUGCGCCGACAUGCGCAGGCGUCCGAAAAGCCUUUCUCUCGCACAAGACCCGCUCGCUCGAGUACCGUAAGCAGCAGCUGCGCAAGCUAUACUGGGCGUUCAAGGACAAUUCAGGUCUCAUUGAAGAGGCGUGCAAAAAGGAUCUCGGCAAGUCGCAGUUUGAGACGUACCUGACCGAGAUCUCAUGGGUCAUGAACGACUGCGUCUGGAUGGCAAACAACGUCGACCGUUUCGCACAGGAUGAGAAGCCCGCAGAUAUUGCCUUCACUAAUAAAUUCAUGGGCCCUAGGAUCCGCAAGGACCCUCUUGGCGCUGUCCUGAUCAUUGGCGCAUACAACUUCCCCAUCCAGCUCACGAUUGGGCCGCUCAUUGGAGCCAUCGCAGCUGGCUGUACUGCUGUGAUCAAGCCCUCCGAGUCGGCGCCAUAUGCAGCAAUGGUCAUGCAAAAGAUCUUGGCUGAGUCGCUGGACCCUGACUGCUACUCCUGUAUACAGGGUGCUAUCCCGGAGACAACGGCACUGCUCGACGAGAAGUGGGACAAGAUCUUCUACACAGGAUCAGAGACAGUGGCGAAGAUCAUCGCAAAGAAGGCGGCGGAGACCCUCACACCGCUGACCCUCGAACUCGGCGGUAGGAACCCCGCCAUUAUCACCAAGCAUGCAGACCCCAAGCUGGCCGCAAAGCGUCUGUUGUGGGCGAAGACGAUGAACGCCGGCCAGGUCUGCGUAAGCCAGAACUGUACAUUCAUCGACCGCGAGCUUGUUCCGGCAUUCAUCCAGGCGAUGAAAGACACAUUGAAGGAGUUCUACCCCAACGGUGCCCGCAACUCGCCAGACUACGGCCGUGUCGUCAACCAGAAGCAGUUCCAGCGCCUCAAGAAAAUGCUGGACUCCAGCAAUGGCAAGAUCGUCGUGGGAGGCACCAUGGAUGAGGACGACCUGUUUAUUGAGCCUACCGUCGUCCAGGUCGACAGCGUAGACGACUCCCUUCUCCGCGACGAAAGCUUCGGUCCUCUCCUUCCCUUUCUACCCGUUACCGAUCUCGACGAAGCCAUCAAGUUCGCUAACGAGGUACACGACACCCCUCUCGGCACAUACGCCUUCGGCACAAAGGCAGAGAUGCACAAGAUCCUCGACCAGACACGCUCCGGCGGCGCCUCCCUCAACGACGGUUUCUACCACGCCGCCAUUCCCACACUCGCUUUCGGCGGUGUUGGUUCCUCUGGCCAGGGCGCUUACCGCGGCAAAGCCUCCUUCGAUACCUUCACGCAUCGCCGCAGUGUGACCACGACUCCAGCGUGGAUCGAGAGCCUGAUGGAUGUCAGGUAUCCCCCAUACACAAGCGCGAAGCUCAAGAAGUUCUCCGGUAUGAACGAGGUGAAGCCAAACUUCGACCGCAAUGGACGCGCGAUUGGGUGGGGUGGCUGGUUUUUGGGACUGGUCGGGUUGAAGGGGCUGGCUGUGCUUAUCGCCGCCAUCGGCGUCAGGGCGUACAUGCAGCGUCGCGCGAAGUUGUAGGCAAGAAAUAUACCUUGCUGUACGAUAAUCUACCACGAUAUUAUAUAUACCCCAAAUCGCUCACUCUAUGCAAUUCUUCGUCAAUCAUUCCAAACCGAACAAUAUUACAAU